AUGUCUUCAGGUAUUAAACCCUCAGCAAACUGUGAAGCCACGUACAGAGAACUGAAAAUGGAUCACUGUUACCGCUAUAUCUUGUUUAGAAUCGUUAAUAAUGAAAUAGAUGUAAUCAAAGCUGCUCCUAGAAAUGAAACUUUAUCACAAUUUCAAAAUGAGGUUAUGAAUUAUCAACACACGGGGUGCUAUGGUGUAUUAGACUAUGAAUGUGAAGGUGUUAAAGGGUCGAACUUAAUAUACUUCUCAUUUGUCCGAUUCUGCACUACCCACAGUAAGAAUGUUAUAUGCGACAACGCGAAUGACGCUGAAAUCAACUUUCGACGGGAUAAAAACUGA